AUGUCUCUCGAAUCAUCAAUCAUCUUCCAACCUCUCCAAGUUGGAGAUGUAAAGCUCUCCAACCGUAUCUUCUUCGCUCCCAGUACAAGAUUCAGAGCACUGGCCGAUGGAACGUCUUCAGAUCUCAAUUUGGAAUACUAUGACCAGAGAUCCAAGUAUCCCGGUAGCUUGGUGAUCACAGAAGGAACCUCUAUCAGUGAGAAGUAUGGGCUGCACGCGUUUGAGAAGGAAACUCCAGGCAUUUACACUCAGAAACACAUUAAGGCGUGGAAGAAGAUCACCGACCAGAUUCAUGCCAAUGGAUCGUACGUCUCUGUCCAGUUAUUUGCCGCCGGAAGAGUUAGUCGGGCUUUGGGAUCGAAGGCUAUUGGAAAUCCAAUCUUUGCUCCAUCUCCCAUCUUCGCCAGUGAACAAGCUGAGUUGGCUGCGAAAAACGCUGGAGUGGAGAUCCACGAGUUGACCACCGACGAGAUUAAAGAGGUUCAGGCACAUUUUGUACAGGCAGCCAAAAAUGCUGUUGCUGCUGGUUUCGACUUUGUGGAAAUCCAUGGCGCAAAUGGAUACUUGGUGGACCAGUUCAACAUGCCUAGUAGUAACAAGAGAAGUGACCAAUAUGGAGGAUCCAUUGAAAACCGGAGUAGAUUUGUUUUGGAAUUGGUUGAUUUGCUUUCUGAGGAAGUAGGAGCCAGCAAGGUGGGUUUACGUCUUUCUCCGUGGAACAGAUUCCAAGGUAUGUUGGCGGAAGAUGAUGAAGUUUCGCCAGUGGCCCAAUUUGGAUAUUUGCUUGACCAAUUGCAGAAAAGAGCAACCAAGGGAAGAGAAAUUGCUUAUGUAUCGUUGGUGGAGGCUCGCUACUCAGGGACAACUUAUGGAGAUAACGACUUUGUCUCCAGUGUAUGGAAAGGUGUUCAAUUGAGAGCUGGAGGAUAUGGAGAUGAUGCGCCAGAAUUCACCAAGGCAUUGAAGGAUGCUGAAAAGGGAAACACCGCCAUCGGGUUUUCUAGACACUACAUUUCGAAUCCUGAUCUUGUUAGUAGAAUCCGGAACCAUCAAGCGUUGACGAAGUACGAUCGCGAGACCUUCUACACACUGGGAAACUGGGGUUAUAACACUUAUGUGACUUAUGGAAGCACGAAAACGUUCUCAGAAGAGAACGAAAAGCAGAGACUCCCAAAAGCAUUGGCUUGA